AUGUUUCGCGCUCAGGCAAACACAUUCGACGAGGUCGUCACCAAGGCGACGGACGAGAACUUGACAUCGGAGAACUGGGCUCUCAUCCUCGAUGUAUGCGAUCGCGUGUCGACAUCGCCCACCGGGCCCCAGUCUGUCACGGCUGCCUUGAUCAAGCGCCUCGCCCACCGCAACGCCAACGUCCAGCUGUAUACCCUCGAGCUCGCCAAUGCUCUGUCGCAAAACUGCGGUGCACCCAUUCACCGAGAGCUAUCCUCCCGUUCCUUCACCGAAGCCCUUCUUCGUCUGGCCGCCGAUCGCAAUACACACCAGCAAGUCAAGAGCAAGAUCCUCGAGCGCAUGCAAGAAUGGAAAGACAUGUUCAAGGGAGACGCCGAUCUGGGUAUCAUGGAGCAAGCCUACGACAAGCUGCGCUCUUCAAAUCCCGGUCUUGCUCCUCCAAGCAAGCCCGUCAAGCGACAAAUCGAGGACACAGACCGUCGCAAGGAAGAGGAAGAGCUGCAAAUGGCACUUGCCUUGAGUCUGAAGGACAAGGGCUCUCAACCUGAACCUGAGGCUUCCUCGGCAACUUCUCCUCAGCCUCAAGCUGAUGCCCAACAAGGCACGACAGCCGCCACUGUCAGCCGAGUCAAGGCUCUCUACGACUUCAUUCCUUCUGAGCCUGGUGAGCUGGCCUUUAAGAAGGGCGAUGUCAUUGCCGUGAUUGAAUCGGUAUACAAGGACUGGUGGAAAGGAUCUUUGCGUGGACAGACUGGUAUCUUCCCGCUGAACUACGUUGAAAAGCUGCAAGAUCCUACGAGAGAGGAGCUUGAAAGAGAUGCUCAGACCGAGGCCGAUGUCUUCUCACAAAUCAGGAAUGUCGAGAAGUUGUUGGCUCUGCUCAGUGUCAAGGGAGAGAACUCGCGGGACACAGGCAGCGAAGACGAGAUCACUGAUCUGUACAACCAGACCUUGUCAAUCCGACCCAAGUUAAUUGAGCUCAUUGGAAAGUACUCGCAGAAGAAGGAUGAGUUCACGCAGCUGAAUGAGAAGUUCAUCAAGGCUCGUCGUGAUUACGAAGCCCUUUUGGAAUCAUCCAUGUCACAACCACAAUACGCCGCCCCUGCCAGACAACAUUCUGGGGGCUACUACAACCCCUAUCCUCCAAUGCAAUCUGGCUACCCUCCACAGGGCCCUCCCCCUGACCAGCGCUUCUACAACCAACCACCACCCUCCGAGGCACCUCAAAACGCUUACUCCUAUCCUCCCCCAAUGAGCAACCCAUCGGCCACUCCAGCACCGGCCCCCUUCCACUUUCUUCCCAAUGGUGCUCCACCACCGGAAGCUCGUCAAAGCCCUAAGCCCAUGGGUCCCGGUCCAAGCGCUCCUCCAGGAGAUGGUGCAUACAACCCGAACAUGCAUCCCUACAACAACCGCCCUCAAAGUAUUCACACUCUAAACUCGGGAAACCCGCAAGAGCUCAGCACGAGUGCGUACGAAAGCCCGACUGAUGGUCGCAACAAUGUUUAUGGUGCAGGUGCCCCGGUACCAGCACCCCUGAACUACACUUCUACACCGCAGCCUCAACAACCAACAAACGCACCCCCUGCUCCUCCACAGCAACAGCAGAUGCCGAUCAGACAACGUACUUCGAGCUUUGAAAGUCCGACUUCCGCAUACUCGGCUCAAGCACCUCAGGAUACAGCAACCACCUCAUACCCUGCACAAUACCCGCCCCAGCAGCAUGGCAACCAGUCUUAUACCAGUCUGGGAGGUGGCCAACCUUCUGCACCGCCUACAUCGGCACCAGCUUAUCAGGCAUACAACCCUCAGGGUGCACCACCACAGGGACAGCAACAGCCACCUCAGCAGCAGUACGCACCACCAGCUGGAGGUGACGAUGCUAGCGACUACUACCGCUAG